AUGGAGGCUCCUAUGAAACCCACUCCCGCACACCUUUCGCCUCCUGGAACCCAGAUCAAAGACGAAUUUAGUGGGACGGAAGGAGUCUACCUCCUCCCUCAUCACCACGAGGAAAUCAAGCGGUUACAGCGUCAACACUUCUUCAUCAAAGCCGCCACUGAUGAUAGGUUGACCACUGUUGAGCUGCCCACCGGGGCUAGAGUGCUCGACUCUGGCUGCGCCGAUGCGGGGGCAUCGACAGGGACCUGGCUCGCCGAUCUGGCUGGCACGGAUAGGCCCGAUCUCGAGCUCUACGGAGUGGACCUGAGCCAGGCACAGUUCCGAUCGGACCCUCGGCUGAAAUUGCGGGAGCAUGAUGUGCGCCAGCCCUUCCCCAACUCCUGGGGUUGGAAGAACCGUUUCGACCUGGUGCAUCAGCGGCUGUUGGUCUGGGGUAUUGGCGCGGACGAGUGGCCGCGGGUCCUCGCCAAUUUGACUGACGUAGUCAAGCCCGGUGGAGUCUUGCAGCUAGUGGAAGCGGAAUGGGUCCUCAGCUCGUAUUCCGACGAACAGGUGCAGCAGAAGAAAUUGGCCAAGGUGCAGGAGUGGUCGACUAGCUCGUGCGGGAUGGAGGUGCACAUCUGGAAGAAGUUCCCCGAUCUCCUGCUUCCCCUCGGCUUCGAGGAUCUGAAGGUGGAAACGUUCGAUCUGGGUUACGGAGCGACGUCGAAGAGGCCCGAGGAUCGCAUCUGGACGGCCGAGCUCCUGCCCCAGUCAUUCCGCCAUCUGGCUCGUAAGAUUCCGGCGGACGGCAUUCCAGGCGUGGCCCGCACCCCUGACGAGUAUAUCGCGUGGUUAGACGAGCUGGUGGUGGAGAUGAAAGAGAUCGGCUAUACACCCAAAGUACGGUGGCUGACGGCGCGCAAGAUCUGA